AUCGCGGCCCUGCAUCACUUUGGGCCUCUAUAGUCUACAUAAGCAAAAGCUGAAUCCACUCGACUUAACCGCCCUUCGACUCCAAAUCACUUCCCACCACUUUACAUCAACUUUUCUUACCGCCUGACAGAUCGACAAGCAAACGCCGAAUACAAAAAGAUCGCGCCCCGCCCUCCGCACACGACACCGUCUCACUCAGCCUUCAUAACUACAACACCACCUCAUAAAAACCCCCAAACACAUUCAAUAUGUCUGACGACUGGAACUCUGUCACCAAGAUUGGUAGCCGCACUCGUGGCGGCGCCGCUGCACCCCGCGAGACUGUAGUCAAGGGCAAGUCAGCACUGAACGCGGCCCAGCGAAGCGGUGCUGUCAUCGCCACCGAGAAGAAGUUCGCUUCAUCCAACGCCGGCGCUUCCUCAGAAGGUCAACGCCUCACCAAAGUUGACCGCUCCGAUGACAUCGUCAAGCCCAAGACCGUCGGCAUCGUUGUCGGUCAAGCCAUCUCCAAGGCGCGCGCAGAGGCAAAGAACGACAAGGGCACCACGAUGACACAGAAGGAUUUGGCCACAAAGUGCAACAGCACACCCACGAUUAUUGCAGACUUUGAGCGCGGUACUGCGACACCAGACCAGAAGUUGCUAGGGACCAUGGAGCGUGUGCUCAAUGUCGUCCUCCGGGGUGACAAGAUUGGGCAGCCCAAGUUCCCGAACAAGAAGAAAUGAGCGCGUCAUUGCUGACGUCGCAGCUCUGAGCAUAGAAACGUCAGGCUGUGUGAACAAACAUCUUCUGUAUUAGCGGGCUUGGGAUGGGCGUUUGAAGGACAUCACGGUUAGGCACCCGAGGUUGGACAUGAUAGUCGUGGCAACCUAGCCUCUAUUCGGCUCUGAAAUUUGCUCCUGCUGAGCAGCUAUAGACGCUACAUAGAAGCCACCAUUCAUGACCA